AUGCAGGCCAAGGCCUAUUGCCCCAUCAUUGUCAAGCACGUCAACGACAGCUACACUGAGGAGGAGAAGCGGUGGCAGCAGCUGCGCCGCGGCCGUUAUGUCGAGUUCAACCUGAUCUACGACCGCGGCACAAUCUUCGGCCUCAAGACCGGCGGCCGCACCGAGUCCAUCCUCAUGUCCAUGCCCCUCACCAGCCGCUGGGAGUACGACCAGCAGCCCGCCCCUGGCUCCAAGGAAGCCGACUUCAUUGAUGCCUGCCGCAACCCUCGCAACUGGGUGUGA